AUGACAUCACCAUUUUUAGUCAAUAUUUCAAAAGCAGAUCGGCAGCUGAAGAAGGUGAACGAUUUCACCAAAGGAAUUUUUAUGGAUAAUUCGAUUUCAACAAUCACUCGAUUAGAUUCACUUGGGAAAACAAUUCUAGAAGCCGAAUUGGAUAUUUGUCAGUAUAUUCAAUUUGAUUAUAUCGUUCUUUGGAAUUCAUCGGCCGAAAUAUGUAAAGAUAUAAAGUGUGCAAUGCCUACAAAUGGUUCAUCGCCAUCAUCGAUAUUUGAAAAUGCCAACGCUAAAGAAGCAUUCAAUCAAUCGGAUGUGAUUGUUUUCGUAACUGAUGGAGAAAUUGGUAAUGCAAGUGUUGCACAGUUCGCAACAAAGUCGAACGAUCCAUCGGCAGUUGAUAUUUCUGUCAUUGCUCCAUUGAUGAUCGAUCCCAAUGUUUUAUGUCUCUUCUACGACGGUAAAACAUUCUAUGUUCUUUCGUCACGUGGUUAUAUCAGUAAUAUAUAUAAAUCACCGGAUAAUUUCACAGAUUACGCAAGUCUAACGACAGUUGACCUCGAUGAAUUGUUUCAUCAUAUUCAAAUCUAUGGAUACGCGAACAUUCCCCAUGGUUGUAUUAAAAUUCAUGAAAACGAACAAGAAAUCGUUGCUUUCAAUUUCGAUGAAUUCAUUAGUGUAAAAGAUGUGCAUUUUUCAAUGAAAAUUGACGAAGAAGAAUGGAAAACAUUGAUUCAAUAUGGAAAGAUUCGUAAUAAGUUGUCCGAACUCCGAUAUUCAGUCACUCAAAUGAAACUGGAAGCGAUCCGAUUAGAAAUGCACAAGAUCAAAAGCGACCAUGAUUUUAAAUACACCAAACAACGGGAUGAAAUCAUCGAAAAUAUUCUUCUUCUCCAAUCAACCGAGCAAUCAGAAACGGAAGAUGAACUUGCCAGACUUCGCCAACAACUACGAACGGUCACUGAUCAAGCGAAACUCGAAGAAUUAAAGUACACCGAAUAUUUGAAUUCAAACUUAAACCGAACACGACAAUUUUGGAAUAAUAUUCUAAGUCUAAUUCAUCAGCAAGAGAUCGGUUCAUAUUCAAUCCAUGAUUUUCAUUUUACUUCCAAUCGAGCGCGACGAGCAAAACUAAUCGAUACUGAUCAUCUCGAUGACUAUAUAUCAUUGAAUUUAUNAUUUCAAAAGCAGAUCGGCAGCUGA